GGCCUCUGAGCGGCGGGGAGGGGGGGGGGAGGGGAUGGGAAAGGACGCACCAGAACCCGCCCCACCAUGGAAGAAGCCCGGACCAAGCUCAAGCUCAUUUUCCCACCGAACCUCACCCUAGCCUUUCUGGCCAACAUCCCAGGCCCCAAAAAAACAACAACGCCUUCGACGACGUCACCCCGCGACAGAAGGUCUUGUCGAACACAGCGGAACCCCAACUGAAUUUAGAGGGACAUUUUUCGAAAUAGACGGCGCAUUGCACAUCUCCACGAUACCGGCAAGACCCAGCUACCCCCUCCCACAAACAGACAGCCGACACGACACGACAUAACCAGGCGGCGCAAUGGCGGAUAGAGGCUCACACAGAGGCGGCGGCCGCGGCGGAGGCGGAGGAGGAGGAAACUACCGCGGCGGAAGGGGAGGAGGAGGUCGCGGCGGCGGCGGUGAUCGAGGCGGUGCCCAGGGCUCGGGCGGCGACCGCGAGAGGCCCAAGAAGGAGAACAUCCUCGACUUGUCAAAGUAUAUGGACAAGCAGAUUACUGUCAAGUUCAACGGCGGGCGCGAAGUCACCGGAACCUUGAAGGGAUACGAUGCGCUGAUGAACCUGGUGCUGGAUGAGGUCCAGGAAGUCAUGAGAGACGAAGAAGGAAACGAAACGACCCGAUCCCUAGGCCUCAUCGUCGCCCGCGGAACCCUCCUCGUCCUCGUCAGCCCCGUCGACGGAAGCGAGCCCAUAGCGAACCCGUUUGCGCAGCCCGAGGAGGAAUGAAUGAACUCAAAGGGAAGGGGUGAGGGAGGAGGAGUCGGGGGGAUGAGUUCGACUUGAUAUCCUAGCUGUGUUUGAGGGAGAGCAGGGAAGGGGGGCCCAUCCAGCGACACUCAUUGACAAAGCACGGCUUUAUGUGCUCUGCGAGAUGGAGAGGGGCUGUGACGGCGAUGCGCGACUUGGGCUGGAUGUAUGGCAAAUUCGAGAUACCGAUGCUUCUUGCGUGUCGUAGGAAUGCAGCAUACAUCAGCAGGAGGACGGGAAUAUGAUGAUGGUGGUAUAUCAAAAAUUCCUCAGAUAGAAAAAAAAACGAGAAAUGGGGGGGUGAUGGGAAAGGUAUGGCGUAACCAUCAUAACGACGUCUGCCUCACGCCAUGAUAUACGAAAAAAAACAUGAAUGAAAAAGAGAUU